CACACCUCUGCUAAGGGUGACAUAACACUGUUCCCUGUCACUCUGUUCCCGCUUAUCUCCCGUCUUGUCGGCGCCACCACCUUCUUGGAAAUGAGUUAGGACAAAGGGGAGGGGGCUUAGCACCCCCGCCUCCUCCAGAAGGACCCAUAAAAGCAACUGAAACGGGGCCCCAGACACCACAGCCAGUCCUGAACCCAACAGGACAGCAGGACAGCCAGACAGACGGCACGAUGGCAGUGAGCACGCGGAUCCAGGCUGCAGGCCUCCUGUCCCUCCUCCUGGCCGGCCUGGCCAGUGGCUGGGUUCUUCCGCACCAGACAGGACAGCUCGCAGCCCUGCAAGCCCAGGACGCAGCUGGAGCCGAGGCUGGCUUGAUGCCCACGCUCCCGAGGCUGAGGAGGCGAGACGCCCACUUCCCCAUCUGCCUGUUCUGCUGUGGCUGCUGUGAUAAAUCAAGGUGUGGGAUAUGCUGCAAGACCUAGAGCCUCCCCGGCCUGCCCGCCCCCCCCCCACCAGCGCGGUCCUCCCGGCCCCUUGUAUUUAUUCCUGCCCUGCCCUCCAACCCUCUGUGACCAGACGCGGAAUAAAAUGGUUCUGUCUGUUGUUUUCCAUA